CCAUACUGGCGGGGUGCCACAGCCUUAGCUAAUGAUGCGCUGGUAUGAUCUUUAAUACCAAAUCAACCAGAAGAAGCGCUCUCAUUGUAGCCUCAUGCCUUAUCCUACUAGUCAACAAGCCACCUUAUCAACAGGAUUUCACGUAGUAUUAUGUGUUACGUCUUUCAUUCAACUCGUUCCCUCAUACCACCAUGAUUGCGCGGCAGGAUGACGAGGAGAUACCUUUUCUGCAUCGAGCGGAGCAGCCAACGACCAAGACACCCCUGCCCUGGGAUCAAUUUUGGAUCGUACUGUUAUUGGAAAUGCCAGAUCUUGUUUCUUCUCAUACCCUUACCCCGUUUAUUCCCCAAGUGAGUACAUUUCCUUUGCUUGGAAUUAUAUGUGACCAAAAUUUGAAUUGGAACUUUGUCAAGCUCAUUAGAGAUAUUGGAGUGACGAACGGAGACGAAUCCCAAGUUGGUCACUAUGUCGGCAUCCUUCAAUCAUCAUACUAUGUAGCUCACGCACUGACUGUUUUCCAUUGGAGUCAGCUGUCUGAUCAUAUCGGGCGGAAGCCUGUAAUGCUGAUAGCAUUGUCAGCACUAUCUGUUUCGAUGUUUUCGUUUGGGUUGUCGAAGACAUUCCUUGGUCUGGUGGUUAGUCGUGUUGUCUGUGGAGCAUUUGAUCCGAGCAUUGGUGUCAUCAAGAGCGUGCUGAUGGACAUUACCGACGCAACCAAUAUGCCCAACGCAUACAACUACAUGCCACUUACGUGGAUGACUGCAAACGCAGUUGGACCACUCAUUGGGGGCUCGCUCUCCCGACCAGCAGACAGAUUUCCUGACAUCUUCGGGCGAUCAGAACUCCUGAAAACCUACCCAUAUCUUCUGCCAUGCUCUGUUUCGGCAUUUUUCACACUGAUAGCUUGGCUAGCCACGUAUUUCUGCCUCAAGGAGAGCGUUUCUACAAGGACGCCGCUUUGGAAGCUAAUAAAAAGAAGAUUCCUGCGACAGUCAUAUUCAAAGCCUCACCGGACAUCGAGCAGUAUUAUAGUUGAUCCUGGGGAAGCGAAUUCCGGAGAAGUUCAAUCAAAGCCGCUUCCGCUGCGUGACUUGCUAACCUCGAGAGUGUUGAGCAUAACAGCAAAUUACGCCACUACAGGCCUGCUUCAAGCAGCGUUUGCUUUGGUCCAACCUCUUUUUUUUGCGACAUCGAUUGAACUUGGCGGUCUUUCCCUCGACCCUCCUCGCAUCGGCGCUUUACUUGCGGCACAAAGCGUCGCACAUGGUAUAUGUCAGCUACUUUUCUUCACCCGUUUACAUGAUCGCUUCGGCGCAGGAGCUGUAUAUUUCACCGGCGUUAGCUUCGGCAUACCCAUCGUCAUUUUAUUUCCAGUGAUCAAUGCUCUAGCUCGAGCCUAUGGGAUAGGUAUGGCGGUGUGGCUGUGCGUCGCCGUCCAGUUUAUACUGAAGACUAGCCUGUUCAUGUGCUACUCUUGUCUGGCAUUAUUCGUCAGAACAGCUGCACCCAAUCGCGCCUCGGUCGGAGCUACCAGUGGAAUUAUCCAGACAGUUGCUGCACUAGCCAAAAUCUUUGGCCCGGCGUCUGCAGCUUCGGUCUUCUCUUAUUCAUUGCAGGAAGGGCAUAAUACGUGGUUGAUAUAUUACUUCUUGAUCGCAAUCGCAUUUCUCGCAGUCGGUGCUGCUCUAUUGCUUCCCCGUGAUCCUAGUGUAUGGGAAGAUCACCGAGCAUAUCAUUGCGAAUGACCCAGCGUAGGGAGGGAACUGGCAAAACUGUAGGCUACUAUCGGCUAUCACGACUUCGUACGACCGCUGGUUCGGAUACAUACUUUGUAAUAUCUCACUCAACUCUGCUUCGAAUCGUAUUCUGCCCUACCACAUAUCAUUGUACACUAUUGCGAAGUUGAAUCUUUGAAAUCGGUGUGAUGGAGCUAAAUUAGCUCUCGACAAAAGUGCGAUCAACUUGACCAAUGCAAUGUAUCAAGUCGACAACAUGUAAUGUUUUUACCAUGCGAUGAGUGUCGUUGAAGAUUACUCGAUAUCAGCUAUUUUAGCCGUUUUGGCCAUGUCCCUGAGCUCAC